AGCAGACGCACCCAUCGGGCUCAUCACUGUCGGAAGUCUUCAGGUUUCGAUGUAAAUGAAAGCCUGGGCGCUCGGGUACCCGCUUUUCUUAUUUGAGUGAAGAAAAUAUAGCUGUGAAUUUGGUUUGAUUAAAUUACCACCUUUGCCAUGGAGAGGAGAACUUCUACGCUGGCCGUGCUUUGUGUGGUGUGGUCAGCUGCUGCUGCCAUCCAGGUUGACAUCCCUCAGGAUCAGUAUGAGUUCGCCAGAGGAGACAACAUCACUCUGCCCUGCACAUUUAAAAGUGCUCUACCGAAUCCAAAACUGGCCAUUAUCUCAUGGUCUGCUGGUGAGGACUUGAUUCUCACCUACUAUCAUCCCAUUGGAGACGUAGACAUUAAAUUAGAGGGUCGGAUAUCUGUGGAUGUAGCUAUUAAUGGUGGAUCUGGGAAAGCUGACCUUAAGCUUUACUCUGUCACAUCGGCAGACAACAACAAAUAUGAGUGUCUUGUCCAGAUCCCCAAAGACGACGAAGGCAAAGUUGCUGACACAGCAACAUUGACUGUUCUAGUGGCUCCAUCUAAACCCAUCUGCAAGAUUCAGGGUACAGCAUCGUACGGCCAAAACAUCAACCUCACCUGUGUUUCUGAGGAAGGGUCUCCUCCUCCAACUUACAAGUGGAACAGUUAUGAUGUCCUAAACAAUCCUCGUGCUCAUGACCCCAGAACCACUGAUAAGGGAGGCAUCCUGUCUCUGUACAACAUCACCAAAGAAACCUCCGGAUUCUACAUCUGCACCUCACAAAACAAGAUUCGUUCAGCGUCCUGCAACCUCACACUUUCAGUCUUACCACCAUCCAUGAACAUCGGCUCAACUGCAGGAAUCAUUGGAGGAGUCAUCGCAGCUUUGCUCAUACUGAUCAUUAUUAUCUAUUGCUGUUGCUGCCGAAAGAAGGAUGACAACAAGGAGAAUUAUGCCAUGGCACCAGUUGGUGACGAAGAGCCUGUUCGAAAGGGGGAGGGUACCAAUGGUAUUGAAGAGAAGAGCAGACAUUAUGAUGAUUCCAGUGUGAGCAAAGCAGCUAAUCCACGUGAUAACUACGAGGAGAGGAGUGAACGCAACUAUGACCGCCGAAGCGACUAUGACGACCGGCGCAGCGACUAUGACGACCGCCGAAGCGACUAUGACGACCGGCGCAGCGACUAUAAUGACCGCCGCAAAGACUAUGAUGACCGACGCAGUGACUAUGAUGACCGACGCAGUGACUACGAUGACCGUCGCAGCAAACCCAGUGACCGCAAUGAGCGCUAUGAUGAUGACCGCCGCUACAAUGAUCGCAGAAACCCCCGCUAUGAUGAUGACCGCAACAGACCUUAGAGAAGCUGGACUAGAAUGACGAGGGUAAUCCAGCUAAUGUGCGUUAGGUUUCUUUAAACCAAAUGCACAAAUUAUUCCCAUUGGAAUUUUCCUGAGAUUUUAAAAUAUGAUAUAGUCACUUUUGAUUGUUCAGUUAUCAAUUAUCGUACAAGAAGAAGAAAUAGACCAGAACAUCUUGUUGCACGUUACGAACGAAGUGUUUUCCAAUCUGUUUUGAGAUGAUUGCUGAGCUCAUUAUACGAGUUACUAGUCAGUGCAACGCUGGUAAAAAUGUUGUGCUAUAAAAAGGCACUAUGUACCUGGAAAAUGCAUAAUACUGCCCCUUUCAAUGCAACCAAAUAUUAAUUACAUUUGUAUGCCAAAUCCAGAUAAUAAAAACAUUAGGAGGUGGACAACAUUUCACAAAUCCACCACACAAAAUAUCUAUUUUUAGGAUUGCUGCAUAUCAUCUAAGGUGCCUCACAACUUCCUCAUAUGUGUUGAGCCAAUUAUAGUAAAUGGCAGGCUUCACAGGAUUUUAUGUCAAAUAUCAGGUGUAGUUAAAAAAAUUAUUCUCCUUAGAAAUGAAAAUGUAAAUAUGCUUUGAUGCUUACCUUGUUCUUUCUGAGAAAUAUGUACAUAAUGUGUUUGAUUUUUAUAAAAAUUGUUUCAGUUUUUGCAUUCAGUUACAUUUUGCUGGAUCCCAUUCCAGUCAAAGAUUUUGUUUUGUACAAAUACAAAGGCUGUUACGAAAUGCUGCCAAAUGUGUGGAAGGUGAUCUAUGCAAUUAGAUUAGUUGGUGUUUUAGUGUAUUUUUCUUUUUUUAAUACUUUUUCAUUUUAUCUUUUAUAGUACCUUUAAACAUCUGCUUCUGCUGGGUAUAAAAGCUGUAGUUAUUUAAAAGACGACCUCCUUUGCAGAGAGUAAGUCUUUUAUCUUGGUGCUUUUUUAUGCUUACUUGGUUUAUUUUGCGCAAGGCUAGUAGUGUAUCACUGCAUAUAAAUAUAAUAAUUCAACCAUCUAAUUUUAUUUUUUUUAACCAUAAUAUUAUUAAAAUGGAACUUUCUCUUAUGCUGGGUGUUGGUUUAAUAAUGCUCGUCCUAUUUUCUUUCUGUUAUAGUAAACCUUGAUUACAAAUAAAACUCAAAUCUACAAAAAUAAUUUCAA